UCGAGAACACACGACAUACAUGUACGUGUGUGGGAGAGUUAUGAAGGUGGUGUGCACUAGUUGCAGAUCAGAUUAUGCGAUCGCGACCAAUAGCAAAGACUUUAUCACGCACGGAAACGCGCAGCUCGUAUACAUACUUUAAAUGGAGGAUCAAGCUUAGGAUACAUCCUGCAUCUGACAUGUAACUAACGCUUCAUAUCAUUGCAUGGUGAGCAGGCCAGCAGAUCUGGCACAACAUGGAUAGAGGUUGGUUUAUUGGACAUGAGAGGAUCCCCCGGACAAAUUCUGAAGAGCAGAUGUCCACCUCUUGCAGCAGCGUCUUAAGGCCCUGCUUGACUAUUAACCUGACCGAGAUGCUUCGAGCUGACACAGCUAAUGCAGUAAAGAAGCCGAUUCCAAUCCGCCCCCCAUCCCCCAGAGUCUCUCUGCCAAGGGGACAAGAGUUCCACCGCAGUCUCUCCUGUGAGCCCACUCCUAAACCCAUCAUCCGACAACGGUCACACUCUCUGCCCUCUGCCACAGAGAAGAAGAAGCAAUGCAGAAAUGUUGGUGUCAGGUUUGUUGACUCUUUGGGGGUUGACCUGGAAGACAUCAAGCAUUUCAAAUCUGGUGAGGAUCCACUUGUACCGUAUCAUGUUACCUUUAGAUUGUUGAUGGGCGCAGAGUUGGCAGAUGGAAGGCACCUGGAGAUAUCCCUGCCAUACCUGAAGCCUGCUUUUGCCCAACAACCUGGCGACCAGCCAGGAUUCCUGCAUCGUCUCUAUGAGCAGAAGGUGUGCCUGGAGAGAGUCUUGUGUUUUGAGCUGGGUGUCAUUGGAAUCACCCAGGUCCUCAAUUUGGACUUUGAGAAGGAUGUCACAGCUCGCUAUUCAUUUACAGAGUGGAAGAGCUGCACGGAAACUAAGGCGUCUUGGGUCUCCACCAUCACCAAGACCUGGGAAGGAGGAGGGAGCCAACUCAGUUGCGAUACAUUUCGUUUCCACCUGCCUGUUCCUCCAUUCCUCCAGCCAGGAGCAGUGUUACAGUUUGCCAUCCAAUACAAAGUCUGUGGAGCUGAGUACUGGGACAACAAUGAUGGAGAGAAUUAUAAGUUAGUUUGCCAUAACUACAAGCUCACUGUGCCCAAAGAAUGCGAGGAUAGCAUGGUGCACUUCAUUUAGGAAGCUGACUAAAAGUUGAAGAAUCUGUUUAGACUUUAUGCACUUUAUGUAGAUGUAGAACUGCAUUGUAACAUAUUAUGUUCGUUUUGUUAAACUAAUGCUAAUAGAGGAUUUCUUUGUUCAGCUGUUAACUCUGGACACACUUCACCAGAGUGUAAAUAACAAACACCAAUGCACUUAAACCUGAUGCCAACUUCAGUGCCACUGUUUUACUUUUGUGUUUUAUUUUUUUAAUUGCACUCUAUUAUUUGAUUUUCAGUCCUUUUUCAAAAAAUGGCACUUUAACAUGACAACGCCGAAUGGAAGUGACACCGUUGAGCACUGAGAAAUUCAGUGAAAUUGACAUGAAUGCAUGUUUUCUUCCACCUGGGUAUUUGAUGUAGAAAAUAGUUUUAUACACUGCAGGAGUUUGGUCUGCAGAACCAUUUUGCUCUGUCUUCAGAGUUUAUUUUUGAGUCAAAUGUUGUCAAACCAAAUGACCAGCCCAUGCAACAGACACAAUUUGUAUAUCUUUCAAUGAAUCAGGAAUGAAUGCUUAUUUUGUUUAACAAUAAAGCACAAUUGCUUUGG